UAGCAUGAAUCGUUCUGUGUCGGUAAUUAAGUUUCAUGUGUAGUAUCCUAGAAUGUUAAAUAUCAACUAUCGUCAAUCGUAAAACAUUCCAAAAAUCAAGGAUAUAUACAUUUAUUUAUAAGAUUACAUAAAAGUGAUAAUUGUAGGAUUAUUUUCGUGUAAUACCAGUGUAUAUAGUAUCGUCAUGACCAAUUUAAUUGAUGCACAUUGGUUUCCGUUGGCUUCGCAAAGCAAUAUUUAUUCAAUGACACAAUUAUGUUCACUUAGUGGGGUUAAUAAAGUUUUGGUGGCAUCUUUAAAAAGAAAGAUAUACUCGUGCGAAUAUCAUAUUACGCCAAAAUGGAAUUUGAGGCCAGUAGUCAAGGAAUUACUCUUCACGUACAUUCCUAAUGGGGCUGAAAUUAUUGCAAUUGAUGCUUAUAACAAAAUGGAUGUAGGUGAUGGAUUUGUUAUAGGAAUAACAAUUAUUAAAACAAGCACGAAUACAUCAGUUGAAAGAUACCUGAAUAUAUAUUCUGAAGGUGUUGUAGAUGGAGAAGGAGAUGAAAAUAAUACAAUUGAAACUAUAGCACAAAACUGUCUUAUGGUAGAAUUAUCAUAUACUCCAUAUCAUUUAUAUCAUACGAUAUUACCACAUCAAGCUUCUGGCAAUGAGGUCAUUUGGUUAAUUUCUGGAAGUGAUUAUAAGAUUCAUAUGAUUAUGGAAGAUAAAUUAACUCAUGGAUAUAUCGAACCAUCUAUCGAAAAAUAUUUUCCAGAGCUACAUAAUAUUCAAGCUAUUUGUUUAUGGAUAAGUGUUUAUUAUUUUGAUAAUUAUAAAUGGCGACUUAGUGCUAUUGGAUGUGAAUGUGGUUUAGUCAAAGUAGCAUUAGUGGAUGUCUUAGAAAUACAGAUGGUUAGAAAUUGGUCAUUGAGAUAUGAUAAACCAAUUUCUAGUAUACAUAUAUUUCCUCAUAGAAAUAAUAUUCCUUCACCAUCAUCAUUAAAUUAUAAAUGUAAAUCUAAAGAAUCAUUCUCAGAUGAGGAUCCAAUAUUGAACAUCUUGAUUGGUAAUACAAGCAAUGCUAUUGUUUUUAUGGAUAUUUUGCAUUUUGGAAUGGAAAAAGACAUGAUAUUAAAUGGUAGUGAUUUAUCAGAUUGUAUAUUAUGUACAUGUGUUGCGGAUAUAAACAUGGAUGGUCAAAAUGAAAUACUAUUAGGGACCUAUGGACAGGAAGUUUUAAUUUUUGCAUUAUCAGGUGAUACAUGGGAAUUAUCUGUACGAAAAUUAUUUGAUGCUCCUGUGCAUUCUAUAUCUUAUAUGGAUAUAACCAAUGAUGGCAUGAAAGAACUUAUUGUUCUUACGCAACGAGGAGUGCAUAUAUUACAGGUUACAAUAUUUUCAGCAUUAAAUAUUGCAAUUGUAAACCAUGUAUUAAUAAUUAUAUUUUAUUUCUCAUUUUUUAGCAUAAUACGGUACUUGUUAAAGAUAAAUGGAAGGAAAUGUUUAAAAAUUUGUUAAUUAAGAGUGGUAGGUGAAAAUAAUGAAAUGUCAAUCCAUAUAAUAUUUUGUUCUUGAAUUCAUUAUAAUACACAAAAAAAACCCAUUGCUAACGUAAUUUUUUUUUUAAAUUAAUUUGUAUUUUUAUACAUAUAAAAUUUAAAAAAAGAAAUUAAUACAAUAAAUAAUAAUGUCGUGCGAAAUAACUCUUA